AUGAUUGUUCUGUCGUGUGUAUCAAUAAUUGUUCUGUCGUGUGUAUCAAUGAUUGUCCUGUCAUGUGUUUCAAUGAUUGUCCUGUCAUGUGUUUCAAUGAUUGUCCAGUCGUACGGAAAGGUGUGUGUGAAGAGGGAGGAACUGGGAAACAGGGAAGGCAACCUGUACAACUGUGACAACCCGGAUCUCAAUGAAUGCUGUGAGAGGAAUCGGACCUUUACCUGCUGCCAACCCGCCGUGGUUGCCAUUUGGCAUGAUCAACUCUGGCUUCUACUCUCCGUUGUGGUCCUGGCCGUCUUGAUGUGUGUGGUGAUAUCUUGGUGUUACGGUCAAAGUGAAUUCUUCAGGUCUCCGACCGCCAAAGACGCAGCCAAAAACUGGAAGGAUAAAUUCUACCAGAGACCUGACAAUGAACAACAAUGUUAG